AUGGCUUCUGGAAAUCUCACCCAAGUGACUGAAUUCAUUCUGAUGGGAGUCUCAGACCGCCCAGAGCUGCAGAUUCCCCUCUUCCUGCUCUUCUUGGUCAUCUACGGGCUCACUGUGACAGGGAAUCUGGGCAUCAUCACCCUCACCAGUGUUGAUUCUCGGCUUCAGACCCCUAUGUACUUCUUCCUCCGACAUCUGGCUGUCAUCAAUCUUGGCAACUCUACUGUCAUUGCCCCUAAAAUGCUGGUCAACUUUUUAGUAAGUAAGAAAACCACCUCAUACUAUGAAUGUGCCACCCAACUGGGAGGAUUUCUGGUUUUCAUUGUAGCAGAGAUUUUCAUGCUGGCAGUGAUGGCCUACGACCGCUAUGUGGCCAUUUGCAACCCUCUGCUCUACAUGGUGGUGGUAUCUCGGCGCAUCUGCCUUCUGCUGGUGUCCCUCACCUACUUCUAUGGCUUUUGUACAGCUAUUGUGGUGACACCUUGUGUGUUCUCUGUGUCUUACUGCUCAUCCAACAUAAUCAACCAUUUUUACUGUGAUAAUGUCCCUUUGUUAGCACUGUCCUGCUCUGAUACCUACAUUCCAGAAACAGUGGUGUUUAUCUUUUCAGGGACAAAUCUGUUUUUCUCCAUGAUCAUAGUUCUGAUAUCCUACUUCAACAUUGUCCUUGCCAUUUUGAGAAUACGUUCCUCUGAGGGUCGACAAAAAGCCUUUUCCACCUGUGCUUCCCACAUGGUGGCCGUCACUGUGUUCUAUGGGACGCUCCUUUUCAUGUAUUUGCAACCAAGGACCAACCACUCAUUGAACACUGACAAAAUGGCUUCAGUUUUCUACACGCUCGUGAUUCCAAUGUUAAACCCUGUAAUUUAUAGUCUAAGGAACAAAGAUGUAAAAGAUGUUUUGAAGGGAUUCCUACAUGGUCCAUGCAAAUAG